AUGGUUCUGUCGGGCGCUUCCUGUGAUGGAGGUAUAGAUAGUGAUCGAAAUUCAAACAGUAGCAGUAUGAUCGUAGAUCCAGUAAGUCUAGAUCAGAAAAAUUUAUCACCUCGCUUGAAUAAAAAAUUUGAUGUUUCGUCUCAUUUUGUUGAGAUAGCGACAACAACUGUUAAAUCCCGCAGUCGAAAUAUUAAGAAAACAUACACGAUGAUAUCAGAAACAGAAAAAACCGAACAGUCGUCAUCGUAUACAACGGAAAAAAUGACUUCGACUCAAAUAAAACCACCAUAUUCAUAUAUUGCUCUCAUAACAAUGGCAAUUCUACAAUCUCCCCAAAAAAAACUAACGUUAAGUGGAAUUUGUGAGUUCAUAAUGGCCAGGUUUCCAUAUUAUCAUGACAAAUUUCCCGCUUGGCAGAAUUCUAUACGGCAUAACUUAUCUUUAAAUGAUUGUUUUAUAAAGAUACCACGAGAGCCCGGCAACCCGGGUAAAGGAAACUAUUGGACACUAGAUCCAUUAGCUGAAGACAUGUUUGAUAACGGCAGUUUUUUACGACGCAGAAAACGAUAUAAAAGACCGCCACCACAUUAUGUACUUCGGGAUCGUGCAAUAAUGGCGACAUUUGCAAUUUGUGGAGAUCGCACUGGAUGCCCAGUAGGUAACCAUUCUGGAGGAUUUGCUUAUCCUGGUGUUUCUCCUACUGCUUAUUUAACUCCGCCACAUCGGCUUCCAAUCCUUGACUUUCCACCAUCAACGCUCGAAGCUCUCAAACUAAGUGGGUUUAUAGAAACUCCACCACCUCUGUACAAACCUGUUCCAAUCGUUGCACCUCAUCAACAUAUUCGUCAGAUCGUCAAUAACACAACGUCGACUCUUCCAAUGGAAAUGACAACGAUGAAGAGUAUCCCCGGACGACUUGCUAUAUCUGUAACUUCUAGUGCUGUUGAUAAGAAGGCUAGUUUCAGCAUAGAAGCUCUUAUCGGCAAAACAACUGAGUCAGAUCAAAGUAUAAAUGAUCUUCUCGACCUUAGUCCUUCUGAACAUCGAGAGAUAGGAAGUCAAGCAUCUGCUUUUUCACCACUUAUUUAAUCAUCUUUGAUAUUAGAAUGAAAGAUGAUUAGAAGACCAUCAAUUAGUGUGAGUGUUUAUUGAAUAUAACUUCGUCAAUCUAAUGAAAUUAUAGAGUUUAUAUUCUAACGACAAUAUAACAUUAAAAUGAACUAGGUGCAUUUUUUACAUCAUUAAUAAUA